UUUGUCCAAGAAAAUGUUUCUUAAGUUAAGUUGUUUAUUAUAAAGGGUUUCGAUAACAGUAUCAUCUUUAAUAUUUUCCAGUGCUUUUUCUACCAGUAAAAAAUCAUGCUUACUUAUAACUGGGAUAUUUGUAAGGACAUUAAUCUAUCGUUUGAAAUUGCAAUUGAGAACACGUUUCGGAUCAGCUCAAACGACGUAUUCGACGACAAGAUUCUACUCCUAAGAACUUGGCUGAACUGGAAAACGCAGUUCUUCAAGGAUGGCACAACAUGCCCCAAUAAUUCAUUACAAACCUUUUUUAUGACAUUACAAGACGUAUCGAGGGACGUUAUUCGAGCUAGAGGUGGCAAUCUAUGGCAUCUACUGAAUCGGUUAAAGAGGGAAACUUUAGAGCAUGGCAAAGGCGAGGAAAAUAAACCUCCAGAACUGUUUGAUACCGUAAAAUGUCAGAAAGUUCAGUAUUUCGCCCACAUAAUGAGAAACCCAAAUAGAUACGGCCUGCUAUAAGAAAUCCUACAAGACAAAAUAGCUUAAAUUAGCGAAUAAACUAACAACAUUAAAACUUAUGAUAAUAUGGUUUGGAUUUAUAUCUAUGAAUAGGACCCAAUUUGACAGUCAUAAUAAUUACCAAGACAAAGAGACCCGAUUUCAAAUAAAUUAUUUUCUUAAAUUGA